AUGGUGACCACUGCCAUCGAAACGUUGAAAGGUGGACGCCACGGAUCGUCCCUGCAGGCCAUCAAGAAGUAUAUCGGGGCCAACUACAAGUGCGAUGUCGUCGUUGGCUCCAUUCUCCGGAAGGCUCUCCGGGGCGGUGUCGAGAAGGGCACCUUUGUCCAAAUCAAGGGAACGGGUGCUUCCGGAUCGUUCAAGCUGGUGAAGGCAACGGCGGCUGCGGACGCUGCUAGUCACACCAGCCGGAAAGCAAAGUCCAAGAUGACACCACCAUGA